CUCCAGCCGUGCUCCAGCCACCCAUGGCCGGUGCUGGGUGUGGUCUCCACCCGGUGCAGGACGUGAUGGACAUCGAGGUGAAGCCCAAGCCCUCGCAGCCGCACUGGUACGAGCGCCACGUGCAGCCCUGCGUGGCCGAGCUGCUGGGCACUGCCCUCUUCAUCUUCACGGGCUGCCUGUCCGUGGUGGAGGACUCGGGGGGCACUGGCCGGCUGCAGCCCGCCCUGGCCCACGGGCUGGCCCUGGGGGUCACCGYCGCCGUCCUGGGGGACAUCAGUGGAGGCCACUUCAACCCCGCCGUGUCCCUGGGCGUGUGGCUGGUCGGGGGGCUCAACACGACCAUGCUCAUCCCUUACUGGGUCUCGCAGCUGUGUGGAGGGAUGAUCGGAGCUGGUCUGGCAAAGGUACGGACACCGACGGGGGAAGCCCUGAGCAAACAGGASGGGUUUGUGYYCCUCGUGUCCCCGAGGCUGCUGGARGCACUGCCGAGCUCAGCCCARCUCYRGGGCGGUGUGUCCGGAGCCUGCAUGAACCCRGCUCGAGCCUUUGGGCCAGCUCUGGUGGCGAACUACUGGGACUACCACUGGGUGUACUGGGUGGGGCCCAUGSUGGCUGCCCUCGUCGUYGGGGUGCUGGUGAGGCUCCUGCUGGGUGACCAGACCAUGCGCCUGCUCCUGAAGUGACACCGGGCACAGGGCCCCAUCCGUGGGCAGCAGGUGCAGCCUGGCACAGCCAGGGUGGAACCUCCUGCYCCUGCUCCUUCCUCUUCAUCCCGUCCCCCUCAGCAUCUCCCUGGCACCUGUGRGCCAGCCAUGGUUCCCCUGCUGCUGGAGGAAGGAUGGAAACCUCCCAGCCAGACCAUGGUCCCCGGGGUUCACCGGGAGCAUCCUCUGACCAGCACYGUGCCCGUGGUGCCCCAGGCUCCUCUGGCACUGCCCCUGCACAGCACCCGACCCCCAGAGCUGUGCCUGGGCAUCCACAGAGCCAGGGAGCCCUGUGCCCUCGGGGUGGGCACCACUGCUCCCCACUCAAACUGGCUGGGAUGAGGCCAAGCAGCUCCUGCCCCAUGGAUGCUGCCACAGAGGGUGACAGGAGAAGGGAGAUUUGGGGACAGUCCUGUCUCUGGCCCCUCGGGCUAUCAGGAGGACCGGGGUGGGGGGUGAGGCACUCACCCAGAUGCCAGAGGAGGAGCGCAGUGGGCCGGGGGGGAAGGGGGGCUGGUUGGCAGAGGGGAUGCUGCCAGAGGCAGGAGGAGCCAGGGAAGGAGAGGAUGGAGCUGUGUGGGCAGGGGGAGAGGAGCCAGCGCAGCAGCUUUGCGUCAGCCGGGCAUCCGUCCCCUCCAGCAGCGCUGCCCUGACUCAUCCUGCGGCCCCAAACCUCCCCUGGGGGGGCUCCAUGGGGACCCGGGCCCAUGGGAGCUGGACUGGCACACGGGUGUCACUGAGAACACCCCUAACUCUAGACAGGAACCCCUCGUGUUCCCUGGGUUAAGCCAUUCGGAAUUUUGCCAUUUUUCUUGGGAAAUGCCUGUUGCUUUCCCAGCCCCCAGCGUGGCUCGGAGGUGCCCCUGGGGCAGGGGCUGUGCUGGGAGAGCUGCGCCCCCAGCCUGGGCUGCCCACCCUGCCCAGCUCCAGGGCACAGCGCAGCAAUGGGGCUGGAAAGAGGAAGCAGGAGGAGAGGGGAAGGGCCSGGCUGCCCUGAGCGGGUUCAGAGCACCUUCCCCGGGCAGGASCUCGCUGCCGAUUCCGGCUGUUCCCCCUCUCGGGCAGCGGCGGGGCUGGAGGAACCCCCCGGGCAAGGCAGAUGCUUCCUCCCUCUCUCCGCUGGUGGCUCUCGCAGUUGCUGUGACAGGGCAGUUCCCAGCUUUGCGCUGUCCCCGUGGGGCUGGCAGGGCACUGCCAAUGUCACCUCUCUAUUUUCAGCUUGUUUUCUACUUUCCCAUCCCGGGAGGUGACCCGCGCAGGGGCACAGACGCGCAUAAAGCUGCGUUUUUAGAAAAGGACAGUGCUGUGGAGAUGCUGGAGUGAGGGAAUGCCGAGAACGGAGCGUCCCUGGCUCGG